UGGAGAUGUUGGAGAGGAGUGAGAGAGAGAGAGAGACAGACACGGGAAUAGAAUAUUGUUCUUCUACGGAGCUACACGCCGAAACCGGAUAAAAAUGGAUACUAAAGCACGAAAUGUCGCUAACUGCAGAUAUUACAUUUGGUGAAAAAGGACCGCGGCGGCAAAAUCGGAAAGAUCCUGUUAGACGAAUGGUUAAAAGCCGACAUCACAACUGUUACUUUCACUAGCUAGCAGGCUAACUGGCUAGCUCCAAUGGAUGCACGCUUGGAAUGGGUAGCUCGUUGAAAGUAUUCUCUAGUAAGGAUGUAUAUUGUCAAUGGCAUACACAUCAUCUUCUUGUAGUCGUUAUCGUCGGUAAUACAAAGUAACGACCUCCGUGGAGCGAGUAUCUAAACUGAACGCUAAGCGAUCUACCGCUCACACACCGAGAACAAGAAGAAAGUCAUACAGGCUCACCGGUCGAGUCUCAAGGUUCAACAGACACAGACGGGGAGAACAUGACUCACCGGCCUGUGCCAGAGCUUGGCAUGGGGCUACUGUGCCAGCCUCACCCCUACCAGGCCCUCUGAUGCCCCAGUGCAACAUGACAGAGAGGCUGUGAGGCUUGGAUCGUCCCCCCCGUCCCCUGUCCCGACAAUACUCUCAACAGUUCCCCUAACCCCUGACCUCCACAUCCUGUCCCACCAUGCUGCGUUUCCUGCCUCUGAAGCUGAGUCGUCUCUACCGUUGUCUGAAGCUUCUACUGGUGGUCGGUCUGUUUGUUAUCCUCCUGAUGAACACCCACAACCUGUUCGCCUCCUUCCAGAAGAACGAGCUGACGGACCGCCGCUUCAUCAACCUCAACAAGUGUCCCGCCUGCUUCGGCACCAGCUGGUGCAGGAAGUUCAUGAACGGCCAGGUGUCCUUCGAGACCUGGGGACGCCUGCGCUUCCUGGAUGUCUUCAACGUCAAGAACGUGUAUUUCGCCCAGUACGGAGAGCCGCGGGAGGGGACGAGGCGCGUGGUGCUCAAACGCCUGGGAUCCAACCAGGAGCUGGCGGACAUUGACCAGAAGAUCUGUAAGAGAGCUACUGGCCGUCCUCGCUGCGACCUCAUCCAGGCCAUAUACAAGACGGAGUUCGCCAGGCUGAACGGUGACGUGAGGCUUCUGACCCCUGAGGUGGUAGAGGGCUGGUCUGACCUGGUUCACUGCCCCUCCCAGAGGCUGCUGGACAGGGUGGUUCGGCGCUAUGCCGAAACCAAAGACUCUGGCAGCUUCCUGCUGAAGAACCUGAAGGACACAGAGAGGAUGCAGCUACUGAUGACCCUGGCCUUUAACCCUGAGCCCCUCGUACUACAGAGUUUCCCGUCAGACGAGGGCUGGCCGUUCGCCAAGUACCUGGGAGCGUGUGGUCGCGUGGUGGCGGUGAACUACGUCGGCGAGGAGCUGUGGUCUUUCUACAACGCUCCGUGGGACAAGAGGGUCGACCUGGCCCGACAGCUGAUGGACAUCGCUGAGCAGCUCACCAACAACGACUUUGAGUUCGCCCUCUACCUGCUGGACGUGAGCUUCGAUAACUUUGCCGUGGGGCCGCGGGACGGAAAGGUCAUCGUGGUGGACGGUGAGAACGUCCUGGUGGCCGACAAGAGGCUGAUCAAACAAAAUAAACCAGAGAACUAUGACGUGUGGUACGAGAGUCGCUUCGAGGACUGUGACAAAGAGGCCUGCCUGUCCUUCUCCAAGGAGUCUCUGUGUAACCGCGUCACCGUGGACCACAACUACUACGCCGUGUGUCAGAACCUGCUGUCGCGUUACGCCACGUGGCGAGGGACUACGGGCGGCCUGCUCCACGACCCCCCCGCCCACAUAGCCAAAGACGGCCAGCUAGAAGCUCUGUUGGACGAGUGUACCAACCCUAAAAAACGCUACGGACGCUUCACGGCCGCCAAGGAGCUGAGAGACUACCUCACCCAGCUAGUGGCCGCCGCCUCCGCCACGGCGAGGUAAUGAACAGAGCUGGCGGUUAGCGGUGGCCUGCAUCUCGGCCGGACGGUUGUUCGGGGGUUAGGUUUGGGUUUGACCCCGCCCCCCGCCCCCCCUGACCUUGUCCCCGGGAACUUGACCAUGACCUUUGAACCUUGACACUCCUUCUCGUCUCACUUCAAGUCCAGGAGAUCUCCACCCCCGGGCUGGUCACACAGCAGCAGCUCUGAUCGGUCCUCUCCCGGUGUAAACCAGCCAGCAGCACAGCUUCAGAGGAGAUGUUCAAACUGAACUGUGGUAGCUGGUCAGAAUGAGGUGGUCGGAGCUGAAGGACCAGGAGAAAGAGGAUCAGCUGCUAAGGGGGAGCUUUAACCCGCGGUUAGGCUGACGUAGACUGUACAUGACUUCUCUCCUCCGCCCAGACCCUCUCUGUUAAUCCGUCGGAACUCUUGUGUUUGCUAACAUUUUAUCUUAACCUAUAUUUUUUUUCUGAAAGCGUCUAUUGUGCUUAUGGUUUUGGGGUUGAAUGAACCAUAACAGGAGAAUGUUGACGCUGUGGUGUGUAUGUUCUGUUAGGAGGACGGUCUCUAGCUCAACUCUGCUAUCGUCCCACAUAGACACCUGAGCACCGCAGGUUAAACGGAGGAAGAAAAAGCCUUGCCUAUAAAAAUAAAAAGUCUUACUUCCUGCUACUCUAAUUGAUCACUUGAUUUCCAGUUCCCCCUGAAGUCAGGCAAUCAACGUUUUUAUAUAGGAGGGAGGAAUAGAAAAGAAACAGGAUAGUGAUGCCAAUGAGGACUGUGGUGAGGACUGUGGUGAGGACUAUUAUGAGGACUGUGGUGGUGCAGAAUCUGAUAUGAGAUGUUGUGUGUGUAUUUACCAAAGAGGCUAUAUGAAACACUGAACGACCCCUCCCCAGCACCAUGACACAACGCUGUCCUGAUCCUGUAGGACUGCCCAGAGGAACCCUCCAUCUGUCUGGUAACACAAUCUGCAUAGGAACGAUUGUAUCAAUCCAACUUAAACCCAGGGUUAACCAAGCUCCCUUCUCUGUGUUAAAUCAGAACUAGGGUCAGGGUUAACCAAGCUCCCUUCUCUGUGUUAAAUCAGAACUAGGGUCAGGGUUAACCAAGCUCCCUUCUCUGUGUUAAAUCAGAACUAGGGUCAGGGUUAACCAAGCUCCCUUCUCUGUGUUAAAUCAGAACUAGGGUCAGGGUUAACCAAGCUCCCUUCUCUGUGUUAAAUCAGAACUAGGGUCAGGGUUAACCAAGCUCCCUUCUCUGUGUUAAAUCAGAACUAGGGUCAGGGUUUACCAAGCUCCCUUCUCUGUGUUAAAUCAGAACUAAGCCCAGGGUCAGGGUUAACCAAGCUCCCUUCUCUGUGUUAAAUCAGAACUAAGCCCAGGGUCAGGGUUAACCAAGCUCCCUUCUCUGUGUUAAAUCAGAACUAGGGUCAGGGUUAACCAAGCUCCCUUCUCUGUGUUAAAUCAGAACUAAGCCCAGGGUUAACCAGGCUCCCUUCUCUGUGUUAAAUCAGAACUAAGUCCAGGGUCAGGGUUAACCAAGCUCCCUUCUCUGUGUUAAAUCAGAACUAGGGUCAGGGUUAACCAAGCUCCCUUCUCUGUGUUAAAUCAGAACUAGGGUCAGGGUUAACCAAGCUCCCUUCUCUGUGUUAAAUCAGAACUAAGUCCAGGGUCAGGGUUAACCAAGCUCCCUUCUCUGUGUUAAAUCAGAACUAGGGUCAGGGUUAACCAAGCUCCCUUCUCUGUGUUAAAUCAGAACUAAGUCCAGGGUCAGGGUUUACCAAGCUCCCUUCUCUGUGUUAAAUCAGAACUAAGCCCAGGGUCAGGGUUUACCAAGCUCCCUUCUCUGUGUUAAAUCAGAACUAAGCCCAGGGUCAGGGUUAACCAAGCUCCCUUCUCUGUGUUAAAUCAGAACUAGGGUCAGGGUUAACCAAGCUCCUUUCUCUGUGUUAAAUCAGAACUAGGGUCAGGGUUAACCAAGCUCCCUUCUCUGUGUUAAAUCAGAACUAAAUCCAGGGUCAGGGUUAACCAAGCUCCCUUCUCUGUGUUAAAUCAGAACUAGAGUCAGGGUUAACCAAGCUCCCUUCUCUGUGUUAAAUCAGAACUAGGGUCAGGGUUCACCAAGCUCCCUUCUCUGUGUUAAAUCAGAACUAGGGUCAGGGUUAACCAAGCUCCCUUCUCUGUGUUAAAUCAGAACUAGGGGCAGGGUUUACCAAGCUCCCUUCUCUGUGUUAAAUCAGAACUAGGGUCAGGGUUAACCAAGCUCCCUUCUCUGUGUUAAAUCAGAACUAGGGUCAGGGUUAACCAAGCUCCCUUCUCUGUGUUAAAUCAGAACUAGGGUCAGGGUUAACCAAGCUCCCUUCUCUGUGUUAAAUCAGAACCAGGGUCAGGGAUAACCAAGCUCCUUUCUCUGUGUUAAAUCAGAACUAGGGUCAGGGUUAACCAAGCUCCCUUCUCUGUGUUAAAUCAGAACCAGGGUCAGGGAUAACCAAGCUCCUUUCUCUGUGUUAAAUCAGAACUAGGGUCAGGGUUAACCAAGCUCCCUUCUCUGUGUUAAAUCAGUGAUUACUUCAGGAGAUAAAUAAAGGAAGGAAUUUUCAAAGUAUUCAAACAGACCCUAAGAAUUGGGCCAUAGUGUGAAUGUCACAUUGGCACUGCAGUGGACUGCAGUACCCAUAGAGACUGUAAUGGGCUGUAAUUGAUAAAUGACUCCAUGUCUGACUGUUUGAAAAGGGACAUGCUGAUCCUGUCUUGUUCUGUGCGUUUUAUCUAGUUCCUCAACAGCCCCAGAUUUGGCUCCUCACAUGUUGUAAUCUCACAGCGCUGAGUUUUGUGUUCAGUAUUAAACGAUGCCUCCUCAGCGGCACUUUGAGCCAUCCAGCUUUAAAUGAGCUAUAUUUUUAAUCUCCAAACAAAUUAGCACAUUUGGGUUCAUUUUGCACUUGGUGGACCAAUAAAUUAAAGCCCAAGUAAUCAUAAUGUACUGUUUGUUCAUUUGAAUAGUGAGAAGUUUUUUGUAGCUCAGCGUCCUUUUGUCUCAGAGCUAGGGAACAGAAAAUCAACGUCCUUUCGUCUCAGAGCUAGGGAACAGAAAAUCAACGUCCUUUCGUCUCAGAGCUAGGGAACAGAAAAUCAACGUCCUUUCCUCUCAGAGCUAGGGAACAGAAAAUCAACGUCCUUUUGUCUCCGAGCUAGGGAACAGAAAAUCAACGUCCUUUCCUCUCAGAGCUAGGGAACAGAAAAUCAACGUCCUUUCGUCUCAGAGCUAGGGAACAGAAAAUCAACGUCCUUUUGUCUCCGAGCUAGAGAACAGAAAAUCAACGUCCUUUCGUCUCAGAGCUAGGGAACAGAAAAUCAACGUCCUUUCGUCUCAGAGCUAGGGAACAGAAAAUCAACGUCCUUUCCUCUCAGAGCUAGGGAACAGAAAAUCAACGUCCUUUUGUCUCAGAGCUAGGGAACAGAAAGACAACGUCCUUUCCUCUCAGAGCUAGGGAACAGAAAAUCAACGUCCUUUUGUCUCAGAGCUAGGGAACAGAAAGACAACGUCCUUUCCUCUCAGAGCUAGGGAACAGAAAAUCAGUGUCCAACAGUCAGUGCUGUACACUACAUUCUAUAUAGACAGUGUCCCCCCAAAGGGUACCCUAUUCCCUACAUAGUGCACUACUUUUGACCAAAGCCCUCUGGCUCUAAUUAGGGAAUAGGGUGCCAUUUGAGAGGUCUAUAAACACAAUCAGAUAGUAAUUUACAGUCAAUACAAUCCACCAUACAGUACAUGUACUGUUUCCUGCAUAGAGCACUACUUUAGUAGCCUAGCUAAACCAGCCUGAUUCCCUAUGUAGUGCACUACUUUAGUAGCCUAGCUAAACCUAGCCUAGCUAAACUACAUAGGGAAUCAGGCUGGUUUAGCUAGGCUACUAAAGUAGUGCACUACAUAGGGAAUCAGGCUGGUUUAGCUAGGCUACUAAAGUAGUGCACUACAUAGGGAUUCAGGCUGGUUUAGCUAGGCUACUAAAGUAGUGCACUACAUAGGGAAUCAGGCUGGUUUAGCUAGGCUACUAAAGUAGUGCACUACAUAGGGAAUCAGGCUGGUUUAGCUAGGCUACUAAAGCAGUGCACUACAUAGGGAAUCAGGCUGGUUUAGCUAGGCUACUAAAGUAGUGCACUACAAAGGGAAUAGGGUGCCAUUUGGAACACACACCUUGUUUUAUACCUUGUUUUGGAAUGUUUCCUGUUUCCCUGGUCUGGAGGAUUGUGAUUGGUUCGUUCUGCUGUUUGAGGAGGGAUUUGUAUGUGCGUAAAUAACUGUUUGCUUUUGUACUGUAAUUUUUCAUUUGAGUAUUAUAUCAGCGGUGUCUGAUUUUACUGUGCCUUUCAUUCAAAAGUUGUAUUUACAACUUUUUAGUGGGUUUAAAUAUUAAAAUAUACGAAUAUAUAUAUACUUACCUGGUGUGUUGUUGACUUUUCUGUCAAUCGCUGACUCUCUGUCAUUACCUUCACUCAGGUUGUCACUGCAGGUGUUUUCAGGUGUUUUUGACUGCAGGUUAUGAUUGGCCUAAAAUUACUUUUCAAAACACAUUUAUUUAUUAUUCUUAUUCUUCUGCCUGACUGAGCGCAUCCCGACAGUCCCUUUUCUGUGCCUCCAUCGUAUUCUGACUCUGUGUUGUGUAUCUGUACGUGUGUGCUAGUUGUGUGUGGCUCAACUUUGUUAACACACACCCGACCCUAACCUGCUGUGGCCCGCAGCCGACCCUAACCCGCUGUGACCCUAACCCGCUGUGACCCUAACCCGCUGUGGCCCGCAGCCGACCCUAACCCGCUGUGACCCUAACCCGCUGUGGCCCGCAGCCGACCCUAACCCGCUGUGAGCCUAACCCGCUGUGGCCCGCAGCCGACCCUAACCCGCUGUGACCCUAACCCGCUGUGGCCCGCAGCCGACCCUAACCCGCUGUGACCCUAACCCGCUGUGACCCUAACCCGCUGUGGCCCGCAGCCGACCCUAACCCGCUGUGUCCCGCAGCCGACCCUAACCCGCUGUGACCCUAAAUCGCUGUGGCCCGCAGCCGACCCUAACCCGCUGUGUCUCGCAGCCGACCCUAACCCGCUGUGACCCUAACCCGCUGUGGCCCGCAGCCGACCCUAACCCGCUGUGUCUCGCAGCCGACCCUAACCCGCUGUGACCCUAACCCGCUGUGGCCCGCAGCCGACCCUAACCCGCUGUGUCGUGCAGCCGACCCUAACCCGCUGUGUCCCGCAGCCGACCCUAACCCGCUGUGUCCCGCAGCCAACCCUAACACGCUGUGUCCCGCAGCCGACCCUAACCCGCUGUGUCGUGCAGCCGACCCGAACCCGCUGUGUCCCGUAGCCGACCCUAACCCGCUGUGUCCCGUAGCCGACCCUAACCCGCUGUGUCGCGCAGCCGACCCUAACCCGCUGUGUCGUGCAGCCGACCCUAACCCGCUGUGUCCCGCAGCCGACCCUAACCCGCUGUGUCCCGACCCUAACCUGCUGUGUCCCGACCCUAACCCGCUGUGUCGCGCACCCGACCCUAACCCGCUGUGUCGCGCACCUGACCAUAACCCGCUAAUAGGGAAAAUGUUUCUGCUUAUAAUUUGACAUUUUGUUUGGCUAUUUGUUAGUAAACUUGUCUAUAAUUAGAUACGUGCAGCUUCUCUUCUGUCAUUAUAUGUUGCCCUAGAAGAAUAUAUAAACCUUUGCUCACCUGAAUGAUGUCAUAAAUCCAUAGAAUGGUACAUUUAGUUGACAUCGGUAAAGUUCUCUGUCAUCUCUACCCUCUUUCACAGAGCAAAGACGUUUAGGGACCGGGGAGAAAAUGCAAUAACUUUCCAAAUGAAAUCAGUUUCACCGAUUUGUAAGGAAAUAGAAAGCUGUGAAAACAACCCAACAUGUUUCUGGUGAGAUUUCAGGUCAGCUUGGAUGCAUAUUUAUGUGGUUGAAAUACUAUCAGCUGUUAUGAUGCUGAUAAAGAUAGGGACCGUCUGUAAAGGUGCUGUCUUUAUCAGCAUCAUAACACCUGAUAAUAUUUCAACCACAGUUAGGGACCGUCUGAAGGGGUGAUGUAUUUAUCAUUAUCAUAACAGCUGAUUACAGCUGAUAAUAUUUCAACCACAGUCUGUAAAGGUGCUGUCUUUAUCAGCAUCAUAACAGCUGAUAAUAUUUCAACCACAGUUAGGGACCGUCUGUAAAGGUGAUGUAUUUUUUAACUGUACAUUCGCAUUCUCUCAAGAUGCUGAAAUAAAUAAAUCCUAUUUCUCCA